GACAUGCUGGUUGCGAUUAUCAACAGUGCGUUGACUUCGGUGGAAGAAUCCCGGGAGAAGCUGCGGGCGGCCGCGGACAGGCAGAAGAGCAUUCUGCUGGAGCUUCUUCCUGACAAGCCCGAGAUCACGGACAAAGUCAUCGCCAACAUCGACAAGGACCAGGAUGCCGUGGAAGCCAUGGCCCUGGCAGCCUCCCAGAUGAGAGGAGUGCCUCCUCAAAUGAUGGAGCUUGUCGCUGGCCUGGGAGAGGUAUGGUCAGCACAGACCCUGUGCGCGUACAUGAACUCUGCCGGUGUGCGCUGUGAGUGGAUUGACGCUCGCGAUGUCUUGAUUGUGCCGGAUGGCCCGCUUUCUG